AUGACUCAGCCACAAGAAACAAUCUCUAAUCUUUCGCAGGCUCUCGUCCAACUUUGUGUUGGUGAGUUGUCAGAAGAAACACUAGAUAAAAUACUUGAGACCCUAAAAACUAUGAAAGUUCUUGGGGCCACUGAAGAAACAAACCCAGCAUAUGCUAACGCAAAGAACUACUUGCGCGAGUGUUCAAAGGCAGUCAAUCAUAACAUGUCUCCGUUUAACAAAGAACAAUUAUCAAGAAUUCGUAAUCAAAAAGCCGCUUUUGCCCGGCUAGUCAAUGAACAAGAAAUACCAACCCAUAUGCAACUAGGAAUGCUAUCUAAAUCACAAGCAGAGAAAGAAAGAGAGUUUGCAUUUUCACGUAGACUAUAUGAAACAGGAUUCUUUGGCGACUCUAUAGGAAAAUUCUCCCCUUUCAUACCAACACCUGAAAUCGUUGAGAAAAUGCAAUACGAAGCUGAAGAAAUGAAACGUUCUUUACGCGCCAAAAAGCAGAAUCGUAUUAGGCAGCUUGAAAGCAUGCCAUCAAAUUUAUCAAAUAAUCCGCCUACUCUCAGGAGUCAAGUAAAUGUAGAAUUAAAAGAUAAGCCGGGUCAAAAGUUCCAAGCAAUUGUAAAUUUAAAAUCUUUGAAGUUAUAUGAUUUACAGCAGAAGGUUCGACGUGAAGUAAAACAAUAUUCGCUAACAUAUAGGAAACCGGAAUCUAUCCCAUCUUUGAUUAACCGUAGACGACCAGUAAAACGAGAAAAGCGAACUUGGUACGCUACUCAAUUAGCGGAGAAAGAACGCGUUGAUAGAUUACACCGUAGUCAAAAGUUAAUGCGACAAGAUUUUCUGGAUAAUAUUUUGGCUCAUGGUUUGGAUAUGAUAAACCGUAAUAAGAACAAGCAGAAUAAGAGAACAAAAUUAGGUCGUGCCAUUAUUAAUUACCAUGUGAACCUUCAGAAAGAAUAUCAAAGGAAGACAGAUCGCUAUUCCAAGGAACGUUUGACAGCAUUAAAAAAUAAUGAUGAAGAGGCCUACUUGAAACUUAUCGACGAGGCAAAAGAUACUCGUAUUACACAUCUGUUAAGACAAACAGAUGUUUAUCUUGAGUCGUUAGCGAAGGCAGUUAUUGCUCAGCAGAAUGAAUUUCAGCAAUUUAUACCUUUUGAUUCUACUUUAAGACAUGGUGUUCAUAUCAACCGCCCAAAUAAUACAGUUGCAUUGACCAAUAAUAAACAAAGUUUCUUAACCAAUGUUGCUUCUUCGAGCAUACCAAGUGAUAAUCGUAUUCAGACAGCAAACGGAACUAAUGAAAUGGCAAGCAAUGUUGAUACUACUCGCUCUAGUGACAAUUCUAUGAAAAUAUCCAAUCUUCUUAGCAACGAUACUACUAUAAAGAAUACUAUAACAACCAGUAAUAAUGAGAAGAACCUAGAUGAAAAUGCUUGUAUACCUAGCCAAAUGGGUGAUUCCAAUGUUACUGGGACAACGACAAAUAAUAGUGUUUCCAGUCGCCCUAAUGAUAAUGUCGCGGAUAAACUUGAUAAUGCUGUUGAUGAAGAUAAUAUCAUUCAAACGACGGACGGAAAGAAGAUUGAUUAUUAUGCUGUCGCACAUCGUAUACAAGAGGAAGUACGACAGCCAGUCAUGUUGGGAGGCGGCACAUUGAAGGAAUAUCAGCUCAAAGGUCUUCAAUGGAUGGUUUCAUUAUAUAAUAAUCGUCUCAAUGGUAUCCUUGCUGAUGAAAUGGGUCUUGGAAAAACUAUUCAGACAAUAUCUUUGAUCACUUACCUCAUCGAAACAAAACAACAACAUGGUCCUUUCUUGAUUAUUGUGCCAUUAUCAACUCUAACUAAUUGGAACUUGGAGUUUGAUAAAUGGGCACCCUCUGUUAAUAAAUGUAUUUACAAAGGCCCACCUCUUGAGCGUAAAGAGAUUCAGAAACGAUAUUUAAGACAUGGCAAUUACCAUGUCUGUCUGACGACGUAUGAUUUUAUCAUCAAAGACAAGACGGUCUUGAGUAAGCCAAAAUGGCUUUACGUUAUUAUCGAUGAAGGGCAUCGUAUGAAGAACACCAACUCUAAGUUAUCCAUUGUUUUGAGUAAUGAUUAUGCUUUCCGGUAUCGAUUGAUCUUGACUGGGACGCCAUUACAGAAUAAUCUGCCAGAACUGUGGUCCUUGUUAAACUUUGUUUUACCAAAAAUAUUUGAUUCUGUGAAGAGCUUUGAUGAAUGGUUUAACACGCCGUUCGCAAACACAGGUGGACAAGAUAAGAUCGCAUUAAAUGAAGAAGAGUCUUUAUUGAUUAUCCGUCGGUUGCAUAAGGUUUUACGACCUUUCCUUCUUCGUAGAUUGAAAAAGGAUGUUGAAUCCGAACUUCCUGAUAAAAUCGAAACUGUUAUUAAAGUCAAAAUGUCAGCUCUGCAGGUGAAACUUUACAAUCAAAUGAAAAAACACGGAGCUCUCUUUGUUAAUAAAGGCGAGAAGGGAAAAACAGGUAUUAAAGGACUUAAUAAUACCAUUAUGCAACUCCGCAAGAUUUGCAAUCACCCAUUCGUAUUUGAGGAGGUUGAAAAGGAUAUAAACCUCCACAGCGAUAAUAAUAAUCUCUUAUAUCGUGUUUCGGGUAAAUUCGAAUUUUUGGAUCGAGUUUUACCCAAAUUUUUCCAGAGCAAGCACAGGGUCUUGAUUUUCUUUCAAAUGACAACUAUUAUGACUAUUAUGGAAGAUUAUCUUAAUUGGCGUGGGUAUCAAUUUCUUCGAUUGGAUGGAAGUACAAAAGCAGAUGAUCGCUCGGCUCUUCUUAAACAAUUCAAUGAUCCCAAUUCACCUCAUUUCAUCUUCCUGCUCAGUACAAGAGCCGGUGGUUUGGGAUUGAAUUUACAAACUGCAGAUACAGUCAUCAUAUUUGACUCGGAUUGGAAUCCUCAUCAGGAUCUCCAAGCUCAGGACCGUGCUCAUAGAAUUGGACAAACUAAAGAAGUUCGAAUCUUGCGACUAAUUUGCCAGAAAUCGAUUGAAGAGACUAUUCUCGCAAGAGCUCAGUAUAAGCUUGAUAUUGAUGGUAAAGUUAUCCAAGCUGGGAAAUUUGACCAGAAAAGUACUGCUGAAGAACGUGAAGCCUUCCUACGUUCUCUUUUGGAAACUGAGCUCGAGCUAUUUAAAGAAAUUGACAUUACCAGGCAAAAAGAAGAAGAAAAGCUAUGGAAAGAAUCUGCUGGAGAUGGUCCUCUACCUGCAAGAUUAAUUCAAGAAAAUGAAUUGCCCGAAGUAUAUAAAAAAGAAUACGAAACUCGUCCUUAUGAUGCUACCGAAUAUGGUAGAGGGCAAAGACAAAGGAAGGAAGUGUAUUAUACUGAUGGUUUAACAGAUGAGCAAUUUAUUAAUAUAAUAGAUAUGGAUGAAGAUGAGUUUAACAGAGUUAUUGCUGAAAAGCAAAAACUGCUUCUUAGGAACAGAGAAAAUUCCAAGAAGCGUUCAUCUCUAAAAGGUGAAGAUUCUCAGGCAACUGAAUCUGUUGCGGAGACUUCCUCAAUUUCAUCAACUAUACGUACUUCUAGGAGGGUCGCAAAGCGUAAGGCAGAAAAUGAUGCAGAUGUUGACACAGAUCCUAUGGCAACACCAUCUAUAUCUAUUAAACAUUCUCACAAAAAAGGUAAAGGUAAAAUGGUUGAACUAACUGCCGAAGAAAAGGAACAUAUCCAGGAGGUAUUUUCUUCUUCCAGAUCUAAAAGAAAGAUCAAAAGGAUUAAAAUAUUCCCUGAAGACGAAGAAGAUAUUCUUAAUAAAGAUCUACUUGAGGAUUCGACUUCACCGGUGUCUAAGAAAGGCAAAAAACGAAGGCAUAAUGUUGACGAUUAUGAUGGUCAAGAAAAUAAACCAAAUAAGCGUCGUUUGAAAGUAAUUGAUUCCAAGGAAAAAAUCGUGCAAAUGAAGCCUAUUUUUCAGGAAUGCCUCUAUCUUAUCGAAAACUUGAAGGAUGAAAAUUCAAGAAUACGGGCGGAAAUCUUCCUUGAUCUUCCAAGUAGGAAAGAAUAUCCAGAAUAUUAUACAGUAAUUAAGAAACCAAUAGCUAUUAAUACCAUAAAAUCUCGAAUCGAGAAAGAUAAAUACAAAACCGUUGACCAGUUUCGAGAUGACGUUCAUUUAAUGUUCCAAAAUGCGCGUAUCUUUAAUGAAGACGAAUCUGAAGUUUUCAUAGAUUCACAAGUGUUAGAGGGGGAGUUCGACAAUAAAUUCCGAGAACUCACCAAAGAAAUUGAAGAACCAUUGGCUCUUAGUAAUAUCGAACCAAUGGAAGUUGAUUAA